UCAUAAACAUUAUCAAAUUAUUAUACGAUUAGUAAUAUAAAAGUUUACGAUGGAUUACUGAAAGGAAACCUAUAAAAGAUGUUAGGGAUUACGAAUUAUUUAGUUGACGUUUAAAAUGGUGAAACUACUGGUGCUAGUUGUCGCCUUGGCCGCAGGAUCCGCCUUUUCGGCGUCGGCUCCAGGGCGCAUAGUCGGUGGUGAGUUGACCACCAUCGACAAGUACCCUUCCAUAGUCCAGGUGGAUUACUUUGGGCCAAACUCUGGUACUUGGUCGCAAUCCUGUGGUGCCAACAUCCUCAAUGCUUACUACGUGCUAUCUGCUGCCCACUGCUUUGCUGGAAGGACCUACGACCCCAGCCUUAGACGCAUCAGAGCCGGCACGUCCUACCGUAACACUGGAGGAAUCAUCUCCUACGUCUUGAGGGAGCACAACCACCCUACUUACGGCAAGAGAGGGUUCGACGGAGAUAUCACCGUAGUACGCCUGAUCAAUGCUCUGGUCUAUAGCCCAGUAGUCCAGCGAGGCACUAUCAUCUACCAGGAUGGAGUUAUCCCGGAUUAUAUGCCUGUGGUUCAUGCUGGAUGGGGCCGGACUACGGUUAGUAUUUGUGUUGAUAUGUUUGAGUGACAAUAGAGUGUUUCC